AUGAUCUCUAUCGUCCGAUUCCUUCUGGCAGCUUCACCACCUGGGGUUCAGGCGGCAGAGCAAGGAGGCAGCGACGGUGGUUCAUUCCAUUUCACAGCAUCUCCAUUUUCGGUCAACUUCCAGCGAGGGGGUUCUUCAGUGGAAGAUUCAUUCAUCACAUCAUUGUUGUCGAAGCGUGCAGCAACCGACAGUGAGCUGCUGUUCACCAGCUUUGGGGGUUCCGGAGCUGGGUCCUCGUGUGAUGGAGAAAGGUUGAGGAUGGGGAGGGGGAGGGUUGAGGUGAGGAGAAUAGAGAACAAGAUCAAUAGGAAGGUGACCUUCUCCAAGAGGAAGGCCGGGCUGCUGAAGAAGGCCUACGAGCUCUCUGUUCUCUGCGACGUCGAACUCUCCCUCAUCAUCUUCUCCAGCCGCGGCAAGCUCUUCGACUUCUCCAUCGCCUCCAGAUUCUUCCAGUCUCCUUUGAAGGCUUCAGAAGUGGAGAAACGAUGGACGCUGAAUGAUUUUGAUAUCGGGGAGUCCCUUGGAAGAGGAAAGUUCGGCCAUGUCUACCUGGCCAGGGAAAAGAAGAGUAACCAUAUCGUGGCAUUGAAAGUGCUUUUCAAGAGCCAGCUCAAACAAUCUCAAGUUGAGCAUCAACUGCGACGUGAAGUUGAGAUACAAAGCCACCUCCGGCAUCCAAACAUAUUACGCCUAUAUGGUUACUUCUAUGAUCAGACUCGAGUUUACUUGAUACUGGAAUAUGCAGCUAAAGGUGAACUCUACAAGGAACUACAGAAGUCCAAAUGCUUCAGUGAGAGGCGAACUGCUAUAGUGAGUUCUUUGUAA